GCUGGCCGGCGCCCCGACCCUGCGCAUGCCCAAACGAGAGAGGCUUUAGUGCCUUUUGCCCUUUUCUCCCCUCUCUGUCUCUUUGCUUUCCGCUAAGGGCAGAAGGGAAUGCUGGGAGCACUUUCAGUUUCCAUUCUCACCGAGGCUUCGAGUUUCCUUUCACUGCCUGCGCGGAGCUUCUUCUUGCCCGCCCGCCCGGGCUCGGAGUCCCCGCUGCCCUGCAGACAGCCCGGACCGAGCACCGGCAGUCCGGUGCGAAGCCGGGCUCGCCAUGACCGCGGAGGAGAGGAGGAGCCUGCAGUGCUACAGGCGGUAUAUCGAGAAGAGCCUGAAUCCCGUCUAUGUCCUGAGCAACAUGACGGACUGGCUGUCGGAUGAAGUGAAGGAGAGAGUCCGGAAGGAGGAGGAAAAGGGGGUGACAGCGGCUGCUGCGAUGUUCCUGGAUGUCAUCUUGCAGCUGGACGAGGAGGGAUGGCUCCGGGGCUUCAUGGACGCUUUGGUUGCAGCAGGUUACACUGGGCUGGCAGAAGCCAUCGAGAACUGGGACUUCAGCAAACUGGAAAAACUGGAGCUGCACAGGGAGCUGCUGAAGAGAAUAGAGGCCACAAUGCUAGAAGCUGACCCGGUGAUGCUCAUGCCUUACAUAAACACAUGCUUGAUAGAAAGGGAGUGUGAUGAGAUCCUGCAGAUCAGUGAAUACAGAAGCAAAGCAGCCGGGAUAACGAAGCUUAUCGAAUGUCUGUGUCGGUCGGACAAGGAAAACUGGCCAAAAAGCCUUCAGCUGGCACUAGACGAAGCAGGAUAUUACAAUGCAAGUGAGCUGUGGAAUAUGAGAGAAGAGAAUAUAAAAGAUUUUGGUGGUGAAGUGGCAGAUGCCUCUCAGAACAGCUUUGAAACCCUGGUGACGUUUUCUGAAGAAGCAGAAUGUGGUAAUCUCAGUGAAAAUCUCUCUUCAGCUUCAGGGAUCUAUGAGUCUCCAGCUGUUUAUGAACCAAUGAAGGCUCGGAGCUACCAGAUUGAACUUGCACAACCUGCAAUCAAUGGGAAAAAUACUCUGAUAUGUGCUCCCACAGGGUCUGGGAAAACUUUUGUGGCCAUUCUGAUCUGUGAACACCAUCUGCAAAACAGGCUCCUGGGACGGAAGGCAAAAGUUGCCUUCCUUGCAACGAAAGUGCCAGUGUAUGAACAACAGAAAAAUGUAUUCAGGCAGCACUUUGAAAGAAAAGGAUACUCUGUUCAAGGAAUUUGUGGUGAAACAGUUGCCAGUGUCCCUGUAGAAAAUGUGAUAGAGGACAGUGACAUCGUUGUGAUGACACCUCAAAUUCUUGUCAACUGCAUCAAGCAAGGGAUCCUUAGCUCCCUCUGCACCUUCACCCUGAUCAUAUUUGAUGAGUGCCACAACACCACGGGCAACCACCCUUACAGUGUGCUGAUGACCAGAUACCUGGAGCAAAAGUUUGAAUCCUCUGCAGACCUGUUGCCUCAGAUUGUAGGUUUAACUGCUUCUGUUGGAGUUGGUAAUGCCAGGAGCAUCAAUGAAGCAAUAGAGCACAUCUGUACCCUCUGCUGCUACCUUGACAUACAGGCUAUAUCUACUGUCAGGGAGAACAAAGAGGAUCUGCAGAGGUUUGGAACCAAGCCAGAAACACAUGUCAGGUGGGUUAAAAUGCGAGUUCAGAAUUGCUUUGCAGACAUCAUCUCAGGUUUGAUGUCUGAGACAGAGACACUGAUGAGGAGAAUUUACUCAGUAGCUACUAUCUCCCAGAUCAGUAAGAAUGAUUUUGGAACACAGAGGUAUGAGCAGUGGAUAGUGCACACACAAAAGAAAUGCAGGCUGCUGCAACUGCCAGAUAAGGAGAAGGAGAGCAGAGUUUGUAGAGACCUUUUCAUCUGCACUGAACACCUGCGUAAAUUUAACGAUGCUCUCAUCAUCAGUGAAGAUGCUCGCAUUGAAGAUGCUCUGGCCUACCUAACUGAGUUUUUCACAAAUGUCAAAAAUGGACCAUACACAGAAUUAGAGAGGCAACUCACAGCCAGAUUUCAAGAGAAAGAGCCAGAGCUGACUGCCCUUUCAAAAGAUGAGUCAAAUGAGAAUCCCAAGCUGGAAGAGCUUGCUUGCAUCCUGGAUGAAGCGUACCGCUACAACUCAGACACUCGCACUCUCAUCUUUGCCAAGACAAGAGCCUUAGUAGUUGCUUUGAAGAAGUGGAUAGAAGCAAACCCUCUAUUUAGCCACAUAAAGCCAGGUGUAUUAAUGGGUCAUGGAAGAAGAGAUCAAAAAACAGGUAUGACUAUCCCAAUGCAGAAGGAUAUUCUGGAUGCAUUCAGAACUAACAAAGACUGCAGACUGCUGAUUGUUACGUCUGUUGCUGAUGAAGGCAUUGAUGUUUCUGAGUGCAACCUUGUUGUGCUCUAUGAGUACUUUGGUAAUGUCACCAAAAUGAUCCAAGUAAGAGGUCGUGGAAGGGCAAGGGACAGCAAGUGCAUCCUUGUGACAAACAGAAGAGAAGUGGUUGAGAAUGAGAAACACAACCGUUACAAGGAAGAAAUGAUGAAUGGAGCUGUUGAGAAGCUUCAGAACUGGGAUGAGGCAGCAUUUGCAGCCAAGAUACAUGACCUGCAAAUGAAGGAAAAGGUAUUACGAGAUUCCAGGAAGAAAGAAACAAGACCUUUGCUAGUGGAAGGGAAAAAAAACCUUCUGUGUGGAAAAUGCAAAGCCUAUGCCUGCAGUACAGAUGACAUCAGAGUUAUAAAGGUAGCUCAUCACACUGUCCUAGGAGAUGCAUUCAAGGAGCGUUAUGUAACAAUGCCCCACCACAAGCUGACAAAGUUUGAUUGCUUCGAGAAAAAAAGCAAGAUGCACUGCAGAAACAGUAACUGCCACCAUGACUGGGGCAUCAUAGUGAAGUACAAGAUGUUUGAUAAUCUGCCAGUGAUCAAAAUCAAAAGCUUUGUAGUGGAGAAUGCUGCAACUGGGAUACAAAUGGACUUCCAGAAAUGGAAAAAUAUAAAUUUUUCUCUGAAGAAUUUUGAUGAUGAAGAAAUGUCCAUUUGAGCUCAACAUUUUAAAGCACAUGUCCACCCUACUGCACUGAGAUGGAAUAGUGGGUGAUUGAUUUCCAUGUAUAAAAUGUGCUUGGUUCUUUAUGCUGUCUUAUAAUGUAGGCAGCAGUGUCUGGACAGAUGAAAAAAGGAUACUAUGACCCCUAAAACAACCUCACAAAACCAGUAUUUUCCCAUUAAGUAUUUCACCAGAUAUAAUCAUGGACAAACAUGCAACUAAGUAUCUAGGUCCUAAUCUUUGCUACUGAAAAGAAAUUGGCCUGAAAUAGAAAACAAAACCCAAAACCAAACCCAAAAUUUAGCUGAAUGACUAACCAUGCAUCUCAUUUUAGCUGAAAGGCCACAACUUCCAACCCCUCUCUGUUACCAGGGAGAUUGUACCUCUCUGCAGACAACGUGGUUUAUGCAUACUGAGACCUUCAGCACUACUUGAGAUACUUCUAAUGCCUCAAAAAUACUAACUUCUAAUGCUCUGCGCAUUUUGGCUUAUAGAAAAUGAAGAUAAAAUGUCUGGUAAGUGUUCUGUAAGGAAGACAUUGCAUCUUUGAAACCCAUCUUUAAAAGAGAAUGCUUCUGUGGCAGCCUGAAAAGAACAACAGGUCUUCAGAGCCCUUCUGGAGGAGGCAUCUUCUGGAUCAAAAUGGUAGCAUGGUUUUCUUCUGUAGCUGCCUGUUGAAGCUGCAGAAUGGACAUCUUCUAUGUGAUGCCUAACUUAAGAAACCACAAAGAGGACAAGGCAUUGCCCUGUGAAGAUGGGUGAGGAAGCUUAAUUUAAAUGGUGAUGAGCAUUUACCCUGAUGUCCUGUCUUAUGAACUGGCGUCUGAAAUCUCUCUAGACACUAACUCCUGCAGAUUUCCCAUGAGAGAUGAUCUAGAACUGGAACAGUCUAGGCAUUAGCAUGUUUAAAUUCUCCCUCCCCACCCAGAUCCCAUUCUUCUCUCAGAAAAAGACAUUUUCACAGAUAUAGUUAUGAAACAUUGGUAAUUUGUACACUUUAAAUCACCUGCUGACUCGCAUUAUCUUCAACAUGCUCAAUCUUCCAUCUUUCUGGAACUAAGGAACAUUUUCAGCUCAUGUUACUCAUUUGAUAGCUGUAAAAGAAUGAGGUGUCUGAAACACAUGAAACUCUGGAUGAAACAAAACAUUUUGGUGAGGAACUUGAGUCCAAAAUUUAAAUUUAACUCAUGCAAACCUUAAUCUGUGAGACUUGUGGUGUUGUUUUACACAGUGUUAUGUUAAGCAAAACAAUUUUUUUGAGUGCUUCAUGUCCUACCCUUGUCCUUGCCUUUCUGUGAAAGCUUGUGCAGGAAGCUUGAAUCUCAGUCCGACAGUAACUUACUCUGUGCCUUGUUUUUACCUAUUAAGUUCACUGUUCUUAUAGCUGCUUUCAGCAAGGAGACAUAGAACAAUGCAGAAAGAUGAUCUAUGGUUGGGUAAUGCCUGCCCUCCAAAUAUACUGGAAACAAACAUUUUAAAUAGGCUAAUUUAGCACUUUCCUAUUAAAAAUACCUGAAAAAAAAUCACAUUCUUGAGCACCAGUUUGCUGUGUCAAAGGGCCA